AUGAACUAUAAACUUGGAUUCAAACAAGCAAAACACGUUCUCUAUGAUGCAUUUAAGCAACGAAGUUCUUACACAACAACUACUGGCAAUUAUGUCCUAUCAAAAUCACGUUUAUUGGAAGAAUCUUUUGCUGCUCAAUUGGAAUCUAUGUUUCGGGCUAGUUCGAAUUCAGAUGUGUCUGCAGUUAAACAGGUUAGGCAAAUUCAUGGUCAAGUUGUUGUUGGAGGAAUGGGUAAUAGUGUUACAUUGGGUUCAAGGAUUCUGGGGAUGUAUGUUCUUUGUGGAAAAUUCAAUGAUGCUGGUAAUUUGUUUUUUAGGGUUGAGUUAUGUUAUAGUCUUCCUUGGAAUUGGUUGAUAAGAGGUUUUUCUAUGAUGGGUUGUUUUGAUUUUGCUUUGAUGUUUUUCUUUAGGAUGUUGGGUAGUAAUGUUGCACCUGAUAAGUAUACAUUUCCUUAUGUGAUUAAAGCUUGUGGUGGUUUGAAUAAUGUGAAGUUGUGUAAGAUGGUUCAUGGUUUGGCUCGGUCGAUGGGGUUUCAUAUGGAUUUGUUUAUUGGUAGUUCUUUGAUUAAGGUUUAUACGGAUAAUGGUUGUGUUCAUGAUGCUAGGUGUCUGUUUGAUGAAUUGCCUGUGAGAGAUUGUAUUUUGUGGAAUGUUAUGUUUAAUGGUUAUGUGAAAAAUGGGGAUUUUAAUUCGGCGUUAGGAACUUUUCACGAAAUGAGGAGCUCUUACGUUAAGGCUAAUUCGGUUACGUUUGUUUGUCUUUUGUCAGUGUGUGCUACGAGAGGGAUACUUGGUGCUGGUAUUCAGCUUCAUGGUCUUGUUAUUAGGAGUGGGUUUGAGUCUGAUCCUCAGUUGUCAAACACACUUAUUACAAUGUACUCUAAAUGUGGGAGCCUUUUUGAUGCGAGAAAGAUUUUUGAUAUGAUGCCGCAGACUGAUACAGUUACUUGGAAUGGUUUGAUUGCUGGAUAUGUGCAGAAUGGAUUAACAGACGAGGCUGCGCCUUUGUUAAAAGCAAUGAUUGCUAGUGGAGUCAAACUAGAUUCGAUUACUUUUGCAAGUUUCCUUCCUUCGAUUCUUGAGUCUGGGAGUCUUAAACAUUGUAAGGAAGUUCAUAGUUAUAUAGUGCGGCAUGGGGUGCCUUUUGAUGUUUAUUUGAAGAGCGCUCUCGUUGACAUAUACUUCAAGGGCGGAGAUGUGGAGAUGGCGUACAAGACUUUCCAGCAGAAUACGUUGGUUGAUGUUGCAGUUUGCACAGCUAUGAUCUCGGGCUAUGUGCUUAACGGGCUGAAUAUUGAAGCUAUAAACAUUUUUAGGUGGCUAGUUCAAGAGGGAACGAUGCCUAAUUGCCUGACCAUGGCUAGUGUUUUGCCGGCUUGUGCUGCUUUGGCGUCUCUGAAAUCUGGAAAGGAAUUGCACUGUGGUAUUCUGAAAAAAGGGCUGGAGAAUGUUUGUCAAGUGGGAUCUUCUAUCACAUAUAUGUAUGCAAAAUGUGGAAGAUUGGAUCUUGCAUAUCAAUUUUUCAGAAGAAUGCCUGAAAAAGAUAGUGUAUGCUGGAACUUGAUGAUCGUAAGUUUCUCACAGAAUGGGAAACCAGAAAUGGCCGUCGAUCUUUUUCGUCAAAUGGGAAUGAGUGGAACAAAGUUUGACGCUGUGAGCUUAUCUGCUACUCUGUCUGCUUGUGCAAAUUUACCAGCACUCUAUAACGGGAAAGAGUUGCAUUGCUUUGUGGUAAGAAACUCAUUUAUCUCUGACACUUUUGUUGCAAGUGCACUAAUCGACUUGUAUUCUAAAUGUGGAAAACUAGCUUUGGCUCGGUGUGUGUUUGACAUGAUGGAUUGCAAGAAUGAAGUUUCAUGGAAUAGCAUCAUUGCUGCCUAUGGAAACCACGGUCGCCCAAGAGAAUGCCUGGAUCUAUUCCAUGAGAUGUUAGAAGUUGGGAUUCAACCUGAUCAUGUUACUUUUCUCGUUAUAAUAUCGGCUUGUGGUCAUGCAGGUCUAGUUGAUGAAGGGGUAUACUACUUCCGUUGCAUGACAGAGGAUUACAGGAUAUGUGCUAGGAUGGAACACUUUGCAUGCAUGGUGGAUUUGUAUGGUCGUGCUGGUCGUUUGCACGAAGCAUUUGAUACCAUAAAGAGCAUGCCAUUCACCCCUGAUGCAGGUACUUGGGGGUCACUUCUUGGUGCUUGUCGGCUUCAUGGAAAUGUUGAGCUGGCUAAACUUGCUUCAAGACAUCUUGUUGAACUAGACCCAACAAAUUCUGGAUACUAUGUUUUGCUUUCAAAUGUACAUGCUGGAGCUGGUGAGUGGGAAAGUGUUCUUAAGGUUAGAAGUUUAAUGAAGGAAAAAGGAGUUCAAAAGAUACCUGGAUACAGCUGGAUUGAUGUCAAUGGUGGAACUCAUUUGUUUUCUGCUGCCGAUGGAAGUCACUCACAAUCUAUUGAGAUCUAUUUGAUUCUUAAAAGUCUUCUUCCUGAGUUGAGAAAACAGGGUUAUGUUCCUCAACCUUAUCUUCCGCUGCACCCACAAAUUAUGAGCAAUAAUUGUUUGGAGAAUCAUUGA